AUGAGUGAAACUAUAAAGUCCCAGAGAGGAAGAGCAGCCUGGCAGAGACACCAGUGUCCUCCUUGCCGGAGUCUGACCAGAGUGUUAGUGGAAUCGUAUCGGAAGAUCAAGGAAUCUGGGCAGAAGUUUGGAAUUGUCUUAGUUAGUGCUGACAGAUCUGAAGAAUCAUUUAAACAGUAUUUCAGUGAGAUGCCAUGGCUGGCUGUACCCUACAGUGAUAAAGCAAGAAGGUCACGACUGAACAGACUAUAUGGAAUACAAGGUAUCCCAAAUCUAAUUAUAUUGGACCCCAAGGGGGAAGUCAUUACACGGCAAGGACGAGUGGAAGUUUUGCAUGAUGUUGACUGCAAAGAGUUUCCUUGGCACCCAAAGCCUGUUGUGGAGCUUACAGACUUAAAUGCUGUGCAGCUAAAUGAAGGCCCCUGCCUCGUCCUUUUUGUGGACUCUGAAGAUGAUGGGGAGUCAGAAGCUGCGAAACAGCUUAUACAACCUAGAGCAGAUAAAAUUAUAGCACAAUAUAAAGCCAAAGAUGAGGAAGCACCACUACUGUUCUUUGUUGCUGGAGAGGAUGAUAUGACAGAUUACCUGAGGGAUUUCACCAACCUACCAGAAGCAGCUCCUCUCCUAACAAUACUAGACAUGUCUGCCAGGGCAAAGUAUGUAAUGGACGUGGAAGAAAUAACUCCAGAUAUCGUGGAUAGCUUUGUGAGCGACUUCUUACCUGAAAAACUUAAGCCAGAGCCCAUCUAAGAAGAUAUUAAUUCAGUAUUCUUACCCUGCAGAAAGAACCAUUUAUUUAAAACCACAAUCGCUUCUUUUCCUCUUGCCACACGUAAAGGAUGUUAUAAUAGUGUCACCGCUUGGAAAGCUUUGUCAUGGUGCCUUUUUGUGUGUGUUGUUUUAAAGAGAUCUUCCUUCCAGAAUCUCACAUAUUGCCAAAUGUUUCAGCAGAGCAAUGUUAACAAGCCAUGGCUUCGUUGUCAAUACAUGGGCAGAACUCGUACAUGUUAAGUCUGUUGAAACUGGUAGACCUGAAAUACCCAGAAAAACCCUUUCUUAAUAAACUGCUCACUUCAUGGUGUGAUGUCCUCCUCUAACUGGCAGCGUCAGCAGUGAAAACCAAGUUGUAACUCUUUGCAGUAAAUUUACUUUCUCGAGUGGGUUUUGUUAUUGAUCCUCCCACUAACACAGUCUCUCAAAACGUUGAAUAUUUGCAUCUUUUGGAGUCCAUGUUUUGUCCACUGUUACCAUAGAGGUUUGAGACAUGCCCCACCAAUCAUCUAAUUCGAUUAUUACUUUAUCUAAGUAUGAAUUUGUAACAUCAUGGGAAUUGUGGAGAAUUGCUAAGCUUUUAAGCUAAAAAAAAAAACCAACAAAAAAAACCACAAAAACAAUUGAGAACAUUCUCUAACAAUGCCAUUUUUACAUCUUUCUUAUUGUUGCUGAAAAAUUGUAAUUCACUUAUCCGUUUUCCACAUUUCCUUGUAUUUAAUAGACUCCAAUUUGAUAUUCUCAAAAAUACACUUUUAGAUUUGCAGAUGUUGUCAACAGAUGUACAUUGAUAAAGGAAUUUCACUGCCCUA